GAUAAAACUCUGCGCAAUAGACCUAACCUAACUGUUACUUGGAUCAUAACACGAAAAUAUACACAGUAAUAUCUUGAGAACUGUGAUAUUUUUUGCAGCAUUGUAUUUAAAGAUUUUGUGACAAUACGUAGAGAAUAUUGCAGUUAUUACAAGAGGAUCUCUGGCGAGUCUAAUUGAAGACAAUGAUACGAAGUGCCAGUUCUGUAAUGGGCACCAGUGCAUUGACAAUAAAAAAUCUAGCUGGUUAUGACCAUUUAAUAUCUAAAGCAACUACUAUUCAAUGCGUACGUUGGAAGAGGAAACCGAUUUGGUUGCCUACAGCAAAAUCAAAAUUGUUCAGAGUACCGGAAAGGCCGGUCAUAUCCGAUGAAGAAAAUGAAGAAUUACAACGUCUAAAUAAUUCCUACAGAACAAUGACAAAAUCAUUGAGAUCCUUUUUCGUAAAUAAGCAUAUUGAGAUGAGAAAUAAGUCCAGAGUUAUUACUUCGCAAGAACAUAUAGAUGAAGAUUUUAUAUUUCGUUUCAACGUGAACAAAAAAUGGAAUGAACAGGUAGCUGCUGCGCGUGAAGAAAGAUUGAAGAAUUUAAGGGAGAACCGUACAGAAGAGAUAUUGAAAAAAAUGGAAAUGAAAGCAGAAAGGGAUUUGCAAAUCCAACUGAGAGUAGAUGCAACAAUCAGAAAAGCAAAGGAAGAAUCUGCAACAUUCAUUACUAAAGAUAACAUAGAUCAAGCUAUUGAAAAAGCAUUUGAAAAUAUUAUAGAUUAUAAUUCAGCUAUAGAUCUUGAUGGUAAUACUUAUGUGAUAGACAAUAAAGAAACAGCAGAGAAUACAGAAAAACUUGAGAAUACUGUAUAAAUUAUAUAAUAAAUGGUUCAUGUCUUAAGUAGUUUCUUUUUAAUAAACACAAAAGUACUGCAAUUA